GAGCCUCCUCCCGUGGCGGCGAGUAUCACGUGCGCUAUCUAUCCUGUGCAAAAGCACCGUGCUAGUAUAAAUUGCAACACAAAUUAGCUCAGCAUUACAAAAAAAAAUUUGUAAUGCGGAUUUGCCUUCAGAAAAAGAUUUGUAAUGCAUAAAAGCAAUUAGUACGAGUACGAUACUUUUGCACAGGAUACUAUCGUGUGAACACCAAUUGGAAGGAGAUUGCGCGGGAGUUGAACCAAGCCGUCGCGACUGACCCCACCUUCGCGGGUUCCACCACCACGGUUCUCGAGGAGGGCGGCACCAUCGUGCGACCGCUCCUGCAGGUGUAUCACCC